AUGCCGCCUGUCAGGUCGAAAGCUAAGGAAAGCAACAGCACAGCUCGAAAGUCUUCGCCACAUCCUUACUCCAGUGGUAUGUACCUCGAGUCGAAUGUAUAUUGUUUUCUGCUUGAUUCUGACCGAAGGGCCUGCAUCGAAGCCAAAGGCAAGGCCAAAGCCAAAGCCAAGCCCCGAAAUCCGCAUCUAGACGACGAGUUUCAACCUAACAAGGCCGGUCAUCUGUAUGAUGACACCUGCGUGCUAAGUGGUGUAGUCAAUCAAUACCUCCGCCAGAUGAUUCAAAACGCUGAAAUGGUGGUCACUGAUUACGACCUAGCCGUAGCGUUUUUCCUAGAGGAAACAGGCCAUUUGAAACUUGGCAACAUACCGAACCGCCAGCACGAUCUUCAAACUUGCGCUUUACAUAUCAAACACACCAUCGAAGUUCACCUUGCGGACCCGGCCUCUGAGCCUCCUUUUGGCCUCAGGUAUCCCAAUAUUCAUGCGCUCCAUCAACUCACCAAGGAACGAUCGAAGUCUCCCCGUGCUCUACGUUCCAAUAAGGCAGUUAUAGUUGUUGACUCAGCUGGUCGGUUGCUCCUCAUAAAUCUACCUCCCAAAUCAAUGAAGAAGAAAGGCGAUGAUCACAAGAAAAAAUAUGGGUGUUCUGAGGCACCAUCGGAGGUGGAAGAAGGUAUGACAAUUGAAAUAGGCCCCAAAAAGACCAAAGACAUGAGUUCUGAGUUAGGAAAUCUGGAACAAGUAUUGAAGGCUUUCGAAGGAGCGGCUCGCCUGCAUGCGCUUCCCACAUAUGAAGCAUCAAGACACGAAUCGGUCAGCAACAUACCCAGCUACACGGACAUUCAACCUCGGCUUUUGAAAGCCAAAAACUCACCUGUGCCAAUAUUGGGUGCAGUUUAUGGCUCAUUGCCUUAUGAAGCUUUUGGAUACCCCUUGGGAUCGUCACAUGACACCAAAAUGCAACUGGGCCUGGAACGUCAAGGUUACACUCUAGACGAUGUAGGUGAAGGCCCAGCUUCUAGCCGCUAUCUACCUGUAGUAAUGGGCUUGGGUGAAGAAAGUCUUUUAAACUCAUUGAAAAUGCUAGAUUGGCGGAGGAAUCGCACUGGCCUUACGAAGUGUCCAGGGCUCUUAAUGCGGCUGUGCAGCCCAAGACCUAUGAGGUUGCUGAACACGCUGUCAGCUUCAUUCAAAAAAACUCGAGUGCUAUGCUUUCUGAUAGAAUCAAGGGUUUACACAAUAAAAUCGUACAAGCGCCAAAUCAAUUACAAUAUGCAGGUUGCACCCCACCAAGACGGCAAGAAUUCAGAUCUUUUAGACUCGGUCUUCAUCUACGGCAAAGGAUACACUGGGGGCCGCAUGGUAUUUGGAAGCCUUGGGGUCAGUGUGUGUGGUGAUCCUGGCUAUUCCACUCAUGGUCGUUUCAAAUUUCUCGAUCAUGCUGUCAGCCCGAUUCUUGCACUCUCAGGGUCAACUCCACCCCUUCGCAUAUCUCUUGCACUUUACUCACAUGCUGAUGUGUAUUCAGGGGCAGCUAGGCAACCCCAAAAUGUGGCUACCGUUUCCGCCAGCAGAUUUUUCAAUUGA